AUGCCAGAUACAUCAGGACAAGUGAAUUGGGCUCAUUUGGAAGCCUUAAGUGUUGUAGUCGGUUUAAAUUUAACGUAUGCAAGUCAAUCUCAACCUACUUCUCAUACACCCGCUACAGGUGUUUUGACUACUCCGAUUGUCAUUCAUUUAACACAAGAUCAACUUAAUCCUACUCAUUUGACUAUUGGUCCUACUGGGGCUGAUAUCGAUUGGCCUAUCUUAUCUGGUCUUGCUACUUCAAGACCUCAUACUCAAAUCAUGAAUCUGGCUUAUCUUUAUCCGGAUCCUCCUUGGCCUCCGACUACUAGUAGUCUUGAUCAAAAUGAAAUUGAUCUGAAUCAGUAUGAUUGGGCUGGUGUUGAAGGGAAAUGGUUAAGAGUGGUUUGUUUUCUGGAUUAUCGUGAUUUACAUGCAUAUAACUGUGAUGAAUUCCAGGGGACUUGUGUUUUAGUACAGAAAAAGACAAGAGAGCACUAG